CAUACUGAUCUAAGGAUCAGCUGGAGGCAGCAAUAAACAAGAGGGACAUCUGCAGCGGGGGUGAAAAAAGGAUAGGAAAGGAGCGAAAAGCUGCAGAUGUUAUGAUCUGAAACAGUGUAAUAUUUUACACGAAGACCUUCUUCUGAGAAGAAAGCCUUUUAUUUUUAUAUGAUGGUGUUUUAGCUACCUCACUAAAGGCUAUUUAAAGCUAUGCUUUAAGAAUUUUCGAUUCUACUGUGUGUGAUCUCGUUUACAACUUGAAUAAUAUCGCAAAGGCAGGCCUUUGCUAUAAACCAAGUGAAACCUUAUAUUUGCACUACUGAAGCCCCAAUUCAAGAACCAGCAAGGGCUUUAAGUGAAAAAAAAAAAAUAAUAGUAUAUGACUUUAAGUUAUAUUCAAAAGUGAAUACCAUUCAAAGGCAGCUACAGCUUUUUUUGUUUGACAAAAAGCCUGCAAGUCAACACUUGACAUACCAAGCAGUCAUGUUUCAACGUCUGAGCAACCUGCUGUUUGGGGAGGUGGAAGAGGUGGCAGCUGAGCUGAAGGGACCCAAGCCCUGUGUUACAGAGGCUGACGAGGAAGGAUGGAUGCUUGUCAACUUGCCUGACAAAUCUGUCUGCAUGAUGCCGGCUGAGGAUGAGACACGAGCCCAACUUAUCGCACAUCCAAUCCUGGACAGUAACCAAUCAAAUCACAAAGACACUGAGACACGGACUGAAUGCCAAACAUCCAUUCCCCGCCCUCCAAUCAAGCGCCGUAGGACACGUAAAAGUCAGACGCAAGGGGCAGUAGCAUCAUCAGAAUCAUUAUCUUGCCCAAGGCGGGCCAGACUGUCCACGGCCUCCUCCGCCCAGUCAACUUCUCCUCCUGGGAGCGAGUGUGGGGGCAGUGGGGAAAGCAGUAGAGCAGGCUCAGAGAGAGGCUGCAUGGAUGAGAGCUGGUUUGUCACCCCUCCCCCCUGUUUCACUGCAGAAGGAGCGACUGCGGAAGCAAGCCCAAUGGAGGACCUGCUCAUCGAGCACCCCAGCAUGUCAGUGUACGUCUCCCCAAACAACCUCUCCAUCGUCUCCAACAGCAACCUCUCCGUGGUGGGCGAGGAAAGCAUUGUGAGCCUGGCAAGCAGUGUUAGCAGAGUGGCUGAGCCAGCUGCAGCUCCGGCCACCCACACCCCGGGGCCAUUCAGGGGGACUUUUGGACCUUACGUCCAGCCUAAGUUGGCCCAAGUGGCCAGGGUCCAGCGUGGCAAAGCCCGCAUCGAGAGGCGCCACCUGAGCCGCAAUCGCAUCCAACGCCAAAACCGCACCAGAGAGCAGGUUCCUCGUCACGCAAGCCACGCUCGCAACACCUUCCUUCACCAGCCUAGCAAGCGUAACUUCUGCCACUAAACCUCCAAGCGCUGUUUACUCUGAGGGCAUUAAAGGAGCCGAGUCAACUUUAUACACAUUUAGUGCAUUUAACAUGUCUGCUUUCAUUUUGGCGCAGUCGUUCAAAAAUGUUGCAUUCUGUAGUCUUCUGCUGCCCUAUUUUGCUCGUAAGAAAUACUCGCCCUCAGAGUAGCUCAUAGAGUAGAACUUAAAAUCCUUACUGCAGCAUCCAAACAAAAAAAGUUUAGGUUUUAAUAAUUUAAAGAAAAAAAUUAAGUUUAGCUAUAUUGAUUUCUUCUUCAUAGUCUUCCUUUCACUCUCACCCCAAGCAUUUUUUAUAUCAAUACAACCAUAAAAUAAUUUUAUGUUCAUAAGUGAUUUUCUCUGACUGAACAGAAGAUAAUUGAGGGAACCUUGCAUCACAGAUAAAAAAUGGCUGAACCUUAUUUGCAGGGGAAAAAAAGCCAUCAUUUCCUUAAAGUUUAAUUUUGAGUUAUAGCCACCGUCCAGUUUUAUUUUUGUAGAUGGAUAUUCUGGGUGAGGACUGUUGUGAUGACAAGCACAAAAAUAUAUGUUUGCAUUGUGGCAAACAAUUUCAUCAUAGAAAAUAAACGUUGUGCGAUUUAUUCCUCACUACAUUGCGAAGGUUGAGAGCAAGAAAGAGAUGGUGGGAGGAUGACCAAAACAGACUAAAGAAUCAAUGAUGCAGUGAAUUAGUACAAUGGCGUGUGAUAAAGAAUAGGUAAGUGGGACGUGACCCUCCAAAGCACUCUUGUUUUUUUCUCACAUAAGAGAGCAUCAUUUCCUUUCACUUUUUAUGUUAGGCAAUGGUUAACUAUCAAUAUAAAAAGUUGAAUAUUUAAAUGCUCAUAAAUGUAAGCAAGAUGAUGAGAUACAAGCUUCGGCGUUGGGUCAAAGAGAAUGGCAGAAUAUUGUAAGUGUAGAACGAUAAAAAUGGCUUACAACUCUUUUUGUUGUUGUUGUUCAUUGUAAAGUUUGCAAGGUUCCACCAAUAUCAACAUUCAUAUGAAGAGAAAGUGGACAUUUGAUUAAACAAAAUGAAUUAAAACUUGCUGCACUUGCAGCAUGACUCAAUGUUGUCAUCUUCUACCUGAAGCCAAGGGCCCAGCACACACCAGACACAGUGUGUACUGCGAUUCUUCACAUUAUACAUCACAUUGUAUACAUUAGUUGCUUUAAUUAUUUAAAAAAAAAUAUCCCUGGCUGCUAAGGAGUCAGAUUUGAAGAAAUGGGGAAAAGUUCCAUCAGUUUGUCUGAACAUUGCUGUCUCCUUGUAUGCACACCAAACUCUUAACAUGGUUUACUUAGAAGCUGAGCUUAAAGACAUGUAUUCAACAACAAUAGUAAACAAUGGUGCUGAUAUGUAUACUAAUGUUUGUAAAUUAUUCGAAACAUGGAUGUAAGUUUGCACUGUCAUACAUUUCUGUGGGUCAAACGUUUUAGCAGUGUGCUGUGUGCUUGUGUUUUACUUUUGAGACCUCCCCACCCCUUCUUUUUUGUGUGUGAGAAAGUUAAAAUCUCCUAAAAUAUACAUUAUGAUAGUCCUUUAUUACUCUUGUAAAUAUUCUAAAGCAAUUUAUAGCACUCUGUUAGAUGUCAAAGCCUCUAAAGCAGUGGUUCUUAACCUUGUUGGAGGUACCGAACCCCAGCAGUUUCAUAUGUGCAUUCACCGAACCCUUCUUUAGUGAAAAAUAAAAUGUUUUUUUUUUUUCUAAUUCAAGACAAAGUUAUAUGUUUUUGGUAACACUUUAGUAUGGGGAACAUAUUCUAAGUAACAAAGACUUAAUUCAGAGUUAUUUGGUUAGGGUUAGGGUUAGGGUUAGAGGGUUAGGGCCAGGGUUAGAGGGUUAGGGUUAUAAUAAGGCCAUGUCGAAUAAGGCAUUAAUAAAUACUUAAUAAUGACUAGUUAAGAGCCAAUAUGUUACUAAUUUGCAUGUUAAUAAGCAACUAAUUAAUGGUGAAUAUGUUCCCCAUACUAGUGUUACCAUGUUUUUUUUUACUGGUGCACAAAAUGAAGCAUGCAUGAACUUUACCUUGUUCAAAGAACAAAACCAACACAGUGCAUAAACUCACAACAAAUUACACACCUGCAAAUCAGUCUGACUUCUGCUGUUGCCGUAUCCGUAAUACGCCGAUAUGAAGAAGUUUUUAUUUACACGAUGAGUCGGGUGUGUCUUGACCUCCGCCGAACCCCUGAGCCCGACUCACCGAACCCCUAGGGUUCCAUCGAACCCAGGUUAAGAACCACUGCUCUAAAGACCCGAGUCCGCAAUGUUGAGUUCAAUGGGAGUGAGGUAAAUCCUCUUUUGCCUCAGCUCGGUGCUCCUAAUCACAGGACCCCACCCCCAGUUUGAGUUACAUCUUGCUGAGGAGGAGCACAAUAAAAAUCGCUCUAUAAGCUCAGGGUUGAUGUGCCAUAGGCUCACAGUGCCUCCCAGAGGCUCCACUAAGCAGAGUACUUGCCGAUCGUGUACUCUGGUGAGGACACUGACAUGGUUGCAAUACAAUCUGUACUGCUGUGUGGAAAAGACAGAGUGGCAAACUGGUGAUGCAUUUACAAUCUUUGGAAAGGGGAAGAGUGUUUCCUUUUGAAAUUGUCUAUUAAAGUCCUUUUUUUUAAUAACAUACCAAAAUAGCUUUUUGUUCUUCUAGUAAUUUCAUAAAAAUACUAUAAUAAAGUAUUACAUUAAUUUCAGAUUUUUUUUUCCGUUAACUGCUUUUGUAUCUCUUACGGGGGAUAGACACACACUUAAUGAGAAAACACAGAUCAAUGUGUGUGAGUGUGGAAAAACUGUGUGUCUUUUUUUGCCUCACUUUUGUCAUGUAAGAAGGAAAUGUGCUGUCAGUGUGUUGUGUGAUCAUUCAGAAGUGUGCGGUCAAGAGUAAAAGACAUCCAAAAAUGUGGUAAGGGAGUGCAUACUAUAUGUUGAACUUCUAUGAUGUGAUGUGAGUGGAAAGGUACAUGACAAGGCAGGAUACAUAGUUUAUAUUUAAAGAAAUGAAAAAAAAAAUGUGUAUGUAUCAUAAUAACAAAAUAUGCUUGUAUUUUCCUGUAUAGUAAUUAGAGAUAGGGUGUUUAUAUGAAAAACAUUGAAUGUCUGGGGAGUUUCUGAUGUUUAUUUUUUGCCCUGAAAUGAUGGCAGCUUACCAACACAUGGAAAUUGGCCCAUGUUGCAUCUCAAGUAGUCCACUCCUCCCCGAUGAAAUUAAAUAUUUAGACACAUAAAAUGUUGUGUAUCUGAUAUUUAUGGUGAUUGUGCCUUUCACUUUUUCUGCAUGUUUUUUGUUAUGUAAUGAUUUAUUAAUCCGUUAUGUGGACACUUGUCCACGGACAGGCAAAACCUAUGCAAAAUGAGCUGAUGGGUAUUCCAGCAGCGAUUCAGAAAAACACAGGUACCCACACACAAUCCCAAAAAAAACAAUAAAUGCUCAGGUUAAUGCCUGAA